AUGGCUCCAGGGUCUGCGUGGCACAGGCAAGGCGUAACUGGCGAGUUCACCCCUUUCCUCUGGCUUUCAUCAUCUUCCCUCCCAACGCACUGGCAAUCGCUUUAUUUACGGGUUGAGCGUAGUAAUACAUUUGGUUUCAAGAAAAUCCCUGUGGGCAAAGCGUGGCUCCUGAGGCCGUACCUGUGUGGUAAAAUGGAGGUGGAGUUGCGAAUCAGCAGUCAAGCUCGCGCUGCCUUGAGUCUAGCUGGCGGGAUGGCAGCAGCAGGGAGGGUGCGAUUUGUGCCUUCUGCGGCCCCUGGAUAUUACUAUUACAGUCAUAUCUGUAAGACGGUGCCUGAGUUUGAGAAUUACUAUGGUUCUGAGUCUGUUCUUAAGGAAACCAAUGGUUUUUGGGACCUGCGCUUGCCAUUUGGGUGUGGGAUACGAGGAUUGCUGGAUCCAGCUUCCAUGGACCAGAAAAUCGAAGUGAGCUCACUGCCGCCCUGGCUUCCUGCAGGAGAGAUCUUAGCGGGAUCACUAGGGAUUAGCAGUUGUGUGAAUAAAGAUAUCUGCGAGACGAACGUUUCAUGGGUCAGCUCUCUUUCUAUGGGGAUGGUCUUCUUCUGUUCUCCAAUAGUCAGCAUAUUCACAGACAUAUUUGGUUGUCGAAAAGUAGCUGUUAUUGGAGCUGCAGUAGGGUUUGCUGGACUCCUUUCAAGUUCUUUUGUGAGCACUAUUGAACCUCUAUAUUUCACCUACGGAGUCUUAUUUGCCUGUGGCUGCUCAUUUGCGUACCAGCCAUCCUUGGUCAUUCUUGGGCAGUAUUUCAAGAAACGCCUUGGACUAGUGAAUGGCAUUGUCACUGCAGGCAGCAGCUUGUUCACUGUGUCACUGCCCUUCCUCUUGAGAGUUUUGAUCGAUUCUGUUGGCCUAUACAACACCUUGCGGGUCCUGUGCAUCCUUAUGUUUGUUCUGUUCCUGGCUGGCUUUACGUACAAACCCCUCGUUUCCAACACCAAAGACAAGGAGGGAGGAAAGAAGGGAAAGUUCAGAUUUCCUUCUGAAAAAAAGAUUUGCAAUUUCUCCGUUUUCAAAGUUCCCAGUUACCGAAUCUGGGCUUUUGGGAUCCCAGCUGCACUUUUCGGAUACUUUGUGCCUUAUGUUCACUUGAUGAAGCAUGUAAAAGACAGAUUUGGUGACAGCGUGCCAGAAGAAGUGCUUCUGCUGUGUCUGGGCAUUACGUCAGGAGUUGGCAGAUUGAUCUUCGGCAGAGUUGCAGAUUAUAUUCCUGGUGCAAAAAAAGUUUAUUUACAGGUGGCCUCAUUCUUCUUUAUUGGCCUGAUGUCUAUGAUGAUUCCACUGUGCCACGUCUUUGGAGGUCUCAUUGCUGUCUGUCUCUUCAUGGGCCUGUUUGAUGGGUGCUUCAUUUGCAUUAUGGCUCCUAUUGCCUUUGAGCUUGUUGGGGCUCAGGAUGUCUCCCAGGCCAUAGGAUUUUUACUGGGACUCAUGUCAAUACCUAUGACAGUUGGUCCACCCAUUGCAGGUUUGCUGCGUGAUCGCCUCGGCAACUAUGAUGUAGCGUUCUACCUGGCCGGAGUCCCUCCCCUUAUUGGCGGGGCUAUCUUAUGUGUCAUCCCCUGGGUCCAUGAACGGCAGAAGUUAAAAGAAAAAGCAAAACCUGCUGAUGGAGAAACUACUGAGAAAAUGCUGGAAAAUGAAAGUACUUUGGUGUUGGACGCUACAGAGAAGCCAGUCAAAGAAAUGGAAUCUGUUUUUUGAUGCUUUCUUUUCCUGUACCAGCUUGACCUUCUACUGAAGCUAGAUUUGUACUUUUUGGCUGAAGAUACUAUAUGAUACUGAAGAAGUUUUGAACCAUUGUUCAAAUUGCAAAACAGCUAUAAGAAUCUUUUUUAUACCAUUGAACUUUUUUUGAUGAGUUGUUGAGUUUGAUUUCAAGCCACAUUUUCAAAGUAUUUGAAGUUUUGUAGCAUUAGCGUGUACGUCCGUAGUGAUUCUGUGUGUGAAGAGAAUAUUUUUCUAAUUCAUCAGAACCUAUUUCUGGAAGUGUGAAAGCUGGUUUUGGUUCACUGACCCAGGAUUCUUCAAUAACUUUUAUGGUCCAAUGCAGGCACACCCAUGGGUGUUUAUACCGGGAAAUGUAGUAGCUCUUAUGACUGAUCUGUUUUUUGAAGUUUCUCAUGCUGUUAUACAGUCUUUUAUAAUUCUAUAUCAUGA